AUGACAAAAGAAACUGUUCAACCAAACCGCGGGGGCUCUGUGCCUGAUAUCCUUGCGGUCGGUGAAGGAAAUGAGUCCCAAGCAGAAUGGCUGGCAAAGCAGAAUAUCAACACCAAUGAUCGCGUGAGCUUGACAAAACUGUCUCAUAUGCGAUAUCAGCAUCCUGAUCUUGAAGAGAUUCAAGUAUUUAUGAUCGAUUUCGGAAUGCAAAUUGCAAAGAAAACCGAAGAAGAGAUCUGGUUCAAGGGGUAUGGAUCUGAUCAAUACGUGUACUAUGCUCGCAAAGGACCGAAGAAGUUCCUGGGCGGUACAUUCGAAGCUCAGAGUCAAGAAGAUUUUGAGAAAGCAACAAAGCUCUCCACUGCCAGCGCGGUGGAAGAACUGAAAAAUGCUCCUGGAGGUGGCUCUCUAGUGACUAUCACUGAUCCGGAAGGAUUCCCAAUCAAUGUCAUAUUCGGCCAGGAACCAGUAAAUGCUGAGGUAUCCCAUCCAGAGGUGGUUACCCUCAAUUACCCUGGUGAAAAGCCGAGACGUCGAGAGUUCCUUCGAUUUGAUCCUGGCCCAGCUGCUGUCCACAAGUUGGGUCACUACGGAUACACAACAACGAAAUUCCAAGAAAUGCUCGUCUUCUACACAUCGAAUUUCAACUUCGUCCCCUCAGACCUUUUAUAUGUUGAACACGAGGGCCAAAAGAUUCUUGUAGCCAUGUUUGCUCACCUUGAUCUUGGAGACACUCUCGUGGAUCAUCACACGCUUUUCAUGAGUGCGAAUCCCGAUGGAGCAGCGCAUGUCCACCACUGCUCUUUCGAGGUGCAUGAUUACGACACCCAGCAUCUGGGACACCAGUGGCUUGCCAAGAAGGGCUAUUCCUCUGUGUGGGGCAUCGGGCGUCAUAUUCUGGGAUCCCAGAUUUUCGAUUAUUGGUGGGACACUACGGGCAAUAUGGUGGAGCACUAUGCCGAUGGCGAUUUAGUGAAUCAGCACACACCAGUUGGGUAUUUGAAAGCAGGGAAUGAGAGUCUAGCUGUCUGGGGACCUGACGUACCAGCCGAAUUCAUGGAAUAG